AGAGGACAAGAGCAAAAAGGCUAUGGAUGACUUGGCGUUGGCAUUGAAGGAAGUCGCGACCGAGUCUGCCGAAGCCAGGGCUAGGCUUGGCGUGACUCAGUCAGAACUUGACCAAGCGAACGAAGAGAAUCAAAAGCUCAAGCUGAUGGUUAGGACCACCAAGGAAAGGUACAAGAAGCUUCUAGAAGACGCCGAGAGAGAAGUCGAGACGCAGAGGAACACGGUGGAGAGGUUGCGGGUAGAGGCCGAGGAGUCGGUUUUCGCUUGGAACGGGAAGGAGAUGGGGUUCGUGACGUGCAUCAAAAGAGCCGAGGAAGAGAGGGCGAUGGCCCAACACGAGGCGACGAAGCUAGCCGAGGCGUUAAGGAUGGCUAGGGAAGAGACCUACAAGUUAAGGGACAUACUCAAACAAGCAUUGAAUGAAGCCAACGUGGCGAAAUCCGCUGCGGAUAUCGCGCGCGCCGAGAACUCCCAACUGAAAGACCUCUUGUUCGAAAAGGAGGAGUCCGUACAUUUCCUCUGCCGGGAAAACGAACGCCUCAGGAUCAACGAGGCCGCGGCGAACGAGAACGUCAAGCAGUUCAAGUUGAUGCUCUCGUACGUCUCCCAGGAGCUGAAAGCCGAGGGAAACGGCCCGCCACACGAAGAGGACGAAGAGGACGACGACGAAGACCAAAUUCAUCUGGAAGUGGUCAACCAGUUAGACCCAAAAAAGUUCAGCUUCAACCUCAGCGAGCUGCCUCUUCUCGAAGACGACGACUCAGGGUCCAGGGUCGAGCACGACGAGGACCCCGAGAAGCUCGAGGCCCUCAAGGGGUCGAUAUUCGACACGCCGUUCUCGCCCAAGUCCGAGCCACGAACCCCGCAACGACGCACGACGCACCACCGACGCAAGUCCACCGCGUUCACGGACGCGGAGGGAUCGCCGAGUGCAGAAGAUGCAGAAAACAACAAUGGAGAUUUCUUUCAACACCAUAGCCAAAUGGAUGAUUCUGACAGUGAAAGAAUUUUACAUAGAAGGAAAAGGGCAUUGUUUCGUAGAGUUGGUGACCUUUUAUUGAGAAAGAGUUUCAGCAGGAAAGAGCCUUCCCCGCUACCAUCACCUUCCCCAGCAUCGGUCCCACCACACUCCCCACUCCACGACUAGGCCUCUUUAUAUGUAGAACAACGGUGAGGUUCUAGUGACACCCGAGUACGAUGACACUCCGGUGUCACUGUCAUUUUGGGAACUACCGGUGCUCCAUUCGUAAAAUUGACGGUUCCUACCCUAAAAACUCACAGUGGAACCGCUAGGGGUAUCGUACUCCGGUGUCACUAGAACCCCACCGAUAGAACAAAGAUCUUUGGACACCUCCCUUGGGUGUCAUAUUAUGGCUUCGUAGGAUCUUUGUGUCAUAAUAUAAUUUGUUGUAUAAAAAAAUUGUCAGAUAACCUCUCAUAAUUAUAUAGUGCAUUGUUGUAACAUAAAAUGUUAUGACAUUU